UUUAUAGUAUAUAUUUUUUAUUUGUUUUGUGUUUCCAGGUUUAAUAUAUCCUGGCCCGCCGACAAGUUUUUGUCGUAAGCAUUGCAUUUUAGUAUAUAUUUUUAUUUGUAUAUUAUUCUCUGUUUGUUUCAAUAAUUGUGAAUUAACUCAAAUCUCAUAAUUUUUUAAGAGAUAAAAUCUAUAAUAUCCCUUUAUUGCUGUAAUUUUAUACGUGUUUUUAGUAACUAUGGCUGCUCUUUGAUUAAUUUAUUAUACCUUCCGUUUUGUCUUUCCAUCUUGUAAAUUAUUCUUUAAUUUUAUUUCCUUUUGUUUGAUAUUAAUCGAUAUUCAAAUCUAAAAAUUAAUUUUAGAAGUACAGCCACUUCACUUUUGUACUUAUAUUUGACUUUGCCAUUUUUUCAUUACAAUCAUUUCACGCUUUAGUGAUUAUACCAUAAUAAUUUAACACAUAUUUCAAAAUCAUAUUUAAUUUGAAGACUUCAAAUUAAUAUAUUACAUUUAAAAUUUUGCUACUUUUUUAAAAAAUGGUUGAUUCUACUUUUAGUGAUCCCAACCACAGAUUGCUCGACAACCGUUUUGACGAUGUUGAGAUGAGUAGACAGUAUGACGACGAAUCCACUUUGGUUAAUUCGUUUAGACGUGUACUGACUAAGAAGCGUGUGACUAUUAUAUGCAGUGUUGUUUUUUCUUUACUUGUUGUGAUUGGUGUUACUGUGACUGGCAUAUUAGUUUCCAGAGCCAAAAAUGUAGUUAGUUUCAAGAGUAGUCUUGAGAACCACGUUAAAUCUGAUUUCAAAUCCAUAGACCCAGAGCUUAUGGCUUCCUACGUGGAUGAGUUAACUAGUUUAUAUGAGGAUCGUCAAAUUUCUUCUGACCAUGUUCUUGAGUUCGAGGUUAUGUUGAACUUCGACCAAUUCAACAAGGACCACAACAGAGUCCAUGCAAGUCACAAUGAACGCAAAGAUAGGUUCUUGACAUUCAGAACCAAAUUCUUGAAGGUUAAAAUUCACCAAGGUCACGAGACUUAUAGCAGAGAGAUCAACUCCUUUGCUGAUAUGACUGAGGAGGAGUUCAACAAGUUAUUUCCACCAAUUAAGGUUCCAGAGAGUAAAUCAACUACCAGCCACGUCGACCGUCUCAUGGCCAGAAUGGUUUCUGACGAAACCUACCUGAAAAACCUGAAGAAGGCUUUAAACACUGAUAAGGAUGUUGACCCUAAAAAUAUAACUGGGGAGGGUCUUGAUUGGAGAAAGGCCGACGGAGUUAGUAAAAUCAAGAACCAGGGCCUUGAAUGCGGGUCAUGCUGGGCAUUUGCAAGCGUCAGUUCCGUUGAAAGUCUGUAUAAAAUUUACCGAAAUGUAACUCUUGACCUGAGUGAACAGGAGUUGGUAGAUUGUGAGACCAGUAGCAAGGGUUGUGAGGGAGGUUUUGGUGAUACAGCUCUUAAAUACAUACAGAAUAAGGGUGUAAGUACUGAUUCUGAAAUCCCGUACCUUGGUAAGAAAAACAAUUGCCUCGUAAAAUCUAUUGAUAAAACAUAUAUAAACUACUUCACAAUCGCAUACGGCCAAGAUGUUUUAAAAAAAUCUCUAGUUAUUUCCCCAACAAUAGUUUAUAUUGCAGCUUCAAAUGAUCUCUCCAUGUACCAAGCUGGUGUGUACAACGGGGAAUGUGGCUCAGCCCUAAAUCACGCUGUACUAUUGGUGGGUGAAGGCUACGAUGAAGUGUUAGAUAAGAGAUACUGGGUCAUUAAGAACUCUUGGGGUCCAGAUUGGGGGGAAGACGGCUAUUUGAGAUUAGAACGAACCAACAAGGGGGAAGACAAGUGUGGAAUCUUAUCCGUUGGUAUAACACCAGGGUUUUAA